GUUGUGUAUUUAGUGAUGGCAAGUCGAAGCAAGUUUGUUCUCUACGUAAUUGUUACAUUUUAUGUAACCCUUUCUAGCGUGACGGAAUCUUCUGAUAUUAAAACUCAUAAGCUCUUGUUUGUCUUUGGAGAUUCACUCUUUGACACAGGCAACAAUCCGUAUCUUCCCGCAAAUGAAGGUAGGUUUCCUACGGGGACUCUUUGGCCCUACGGGAUCACCUUCUUUGACAAGCCCACUGGAAGAAUCUCUGAUGGCCGUCUACUCCCUGACUUCAUUGCCACUAAUGCAAAAUUGAGACUACCAGUACCAUACCUGGAGGAAGGAGGUGUAUUUAUUGAUGGAAUCAACUUUGCUUCAGCCGGGGCAGGUGUUCUUGGCGAGAGUGAGACGGCGAUUAACCUUGGAGUACAAUUACAAUAUUUCAAGACCGUCGUAAAACAAUUGGAACAGAUAUUAGGCCACGAGGAAGCCAAAAGUCUUUUGCACAGAUCGGUGUUCUUGUUCAGCAUAGGAGGCAACGACUACAUGAGGUUUAACAUGAACAGAGAUCCUACUCUUUCCGAGCAGGUUGAACUUGUAGGGCAGGUGAUGGGUAAUUAUACAGCUGCACUCGAAGAAUUUUAUGCUCUAGGAGUAAGGAAAAUUGGGUUCCAGAAUGUUGGACCUUUGGGUUGCAUGCCAAAUGUCAGACAAAGAACCAAUAAUGUAGAGGUUGAUUGUGUAGAUAGAUUCAUGAGCCAGGCAACAUUGCACAACAGUUUCCUAGCUACUGUCCUGGAGCAAUUUGAGCUUAAACACCCUGGUUUCAAAUAUGCAUUAUUUGAUUACUACAAUGCUCUUCGUGACAGAACUCUUCAUCCCACAGAACAUGGCUUCAAGGUAGGAAAUGUUGGAUGCUGUGGCAGUGGAGCACUGAAUGGAGAAAAUUGCAGUAGUACUCAGGAACCUUUCAAUUUGUGCGAAGAUGUGAAUGAGUAUGUGUAUUUUGAUGGGGGUCAUCAUACUGAUAGAGCCAACUUUCAACUAGCACAGCUGAUGUGGAAAGGACCAAAACAUGUCACAGGACCUUGUUACAAUGUCGAGAUGUUGUUUAAUCUCUAAAUAUAUGGAGGCUCGGAGAGCUCUAAUUAAAUAAAGGGGAUGCAUACAUGUAAUAUGUCAUGUUCCCAGAAAAAUAAGGUGAUUGGGAUUUCUAGUCCAUAGCCAUAGGUCUAGGACUUGUGUGAGAAAGUUCUCUCGGGAUAUCUGAUCUUGAGAUUGUUGUUAAUUUCUAGUUUUCAUUUCAGUAACUUCAAAAAAAUCUCUGAGCAUCAUU